GUGACCUUCACGGGCGCGGGCGGCGGGCGCAGGCCCGGGCGGCGGCGGCGCGAUGUUCGUGCAGGAGGAGAAGAUCUUCGCCGGCAAGGUGCUGCGGCUGCACAUCUGCGCGGCCGACGGCGCCGAGUGGCAGGAGGAGGCGAGCGAGGACACGUCGGUGGAGCAGCUCAAGGAGCGCUGCCUGCGGCACUGUGCUCACGGGAGCUUGGAGGACCCCAAAAGCGUCGCCCAUCACAAACUGAUCCACGCCGCGUCCGAGCGGGUGCUCAGCGACACCAAGACGGUCUCGGAGGAGAGCGUCCAGGACCGAGAUGUCCUCUUGCUGAUAAAAAGGCGCACGCCAGCCCCGCUCCCGAAGAUGGCCGACGUCUCAGCCGAGGAGAAGAAAAAGCAGGACCAGAAGGCUCCAGACAGGGACGCCAUAUUCCGGGCGACGGCCAAGCUGCCCUCCUACGGUGCCGACCGGGCUGCGGCGCAGACCAGCCCACGAGACUUUCAGACAGAGCUGCGGAAGAUCUUGGUGUCGCUCAUCGAGGUGGCGCAGAAGUUGUUGGCGCUGAACCCUGAUGCCGUGGAGCUGUUCAGGAAGGCCAACGCCAUGCUGGACGAAGACGAGGACGAGCGCCUGGAUGAGGCGGCGCUGCGGCAGCUCACGGAGAUGGGCUUCCCCGAGAGCAGGGCCACCAAGGCCCUGCGGCUGAACCGCAUGUCCGUGCCGCAGGCCAUGGAGUGGCUGAUUGAGCACGCGGAAGACCCCACCAUAGACGCGCCUCUGCCGGGCCAGGCCUCGCCCGGAGCCGCCGCGGCCUCGGAGGCCGCUGCUGAAGGGGGCGCCGAGGACGAGGAGGCCAGAGACGAGCUGACGGAGGUCUUCAGGAGGAUUCGGAGGAAAAGGGAGUUCCGGGCGGACGCUCGGGCCGUGGUCUCCCUCAUGGAGAUGGGCUUCGAUGAGAAGGAGGUGCUGGAUGCCCUACGUGUAAACAACAACCAGCAGAGCGCCGCCUGUGAGUGGCUGCUGGGGGACCGGAAGCCGUCGCCCGAGGAGCUGGACCAGGGCAUCGACCCCGAGAGCCCCCUCUUUCAAGCCAUCCUGGACAACCCCGUGGUGCAGCUGGGGCUGACCAACCCCAAGACGUUGCUGGCCUUCGAGGACAUGCUGGAGAACCCGCUCAACAGCACCCAGUGGAUGAACGACCCCGAGACGGGGCCCGUCAUGCUGCAGAUCUCGCGCGUCUUCCAGACGCUGAACCGCGCGUAGGCGGCGGCCCAGGGCCGGGCCUGCUUCACGGACGGCGGGCGGCGCAGGGAGCCCAGGGCCGGGCUCGGGUGUAGCGAGAGCACCCGCGGGCUCUCCGAUGAAUAAACUCCGUGUUUCCUA